AUGCCUCCCAUCAAAGGGCAGUCCGUUGUCGUUGUUGGUGGCUCUUCUGGCAUUGGUGCCGCCGCAGCGAAACUGGCCUGCGUUGAAGGCCUCAAGGUAGCCAUUGCUUCGUCCAAUCGCGGCCGUGUCGAUGAGGCCGUCAAGAAGAUACAGGACGCCGUGCCUGAUGCCAAAGUCUCUGGGUUUAUUGUCGAUAUCAGCGGUGACGACAUGGAGUCACAGCUCGAGAAGCUGUUUAUCGAUGUCACGGACGCCAACAAGGGGCCGAUUGACCACAUCAUCCUGACUGCUGGCCUUGCCAACGUCAAGCCCAUCUCAGAAUUCACUGUCGAGUACUUCAAAGAGGCCGCACCACUGCGCAUCGUCGCACCCAUUCUCAUCGCCAAGCUGGCUCCCCGUUUCCUCAAGCCGCACUGGACAUCCUCGCUCAUCUUCACAGGCGGUGGUGUCGGCGACAAGCCCGUGAAGGGGUACGCUGUUGGUUCCGGGUGGGCUGCUUCCCUCUAUGGGACCGUACGCGCCCUGGCCCUCGAGAUGGCGCCGAUCAGGGUCAACGCGGUCAGUCCUGGUGCCACAGCUACGGAGCUCUGGGGCCCACCGGGUGAGGCACGCGACAGGCUGGAGGCCAUGGUUACGUCUAGGGCGCUGUUUGGCAAGCCUGGGCUUCCGGAGGAGUAUAGCGAGUCGAAGAUAUUGGCUGCACACAUAUUCGUGUCCUCACACAUCCUAUCCCGUCAAGUCGAGUCUGCUCCUAAUCAGUCCCUCGAUUCUACAAUGUCGAGCGUGGAAGUCGCAGGUCUAGCAGGUACUUGGGUUGCUGCUGGUCUGGCAUUUCUUGGACUAUUCGCGAUUGUUGGCCCUCUCCUCGUGUGGUCGGCAAGCCGCUCCCAACGUCACAAAGCUCUGAUGAGCAUUGGUCUCAAGAACAACGGGUACCUUUCUCGCGGUUUAACGGUGUGGCCGGGUAUCAGAUUCUUUCAGACCGAGCAUGUCCCAAUCUUGAAGAGACUUCAGUUGUUCGCAGCCGACGAGUGGCGAGAUUUCGAUUUGUCACGGCUGGAGAGCAUUCCCGAAUCGACGGUAACAUGGGUCCAAUUUGGAGCGUGUCUUGAGGCAUAUGGUCUGAACAUACGGCGCGGAAAGGAAAUCAACGCAGUCGAAACCGAGGAUGCAAGACUACAGCUUUAUCUGCCAGUUCAUAAGGCAUAUUUGUUCACUUUCCUCGUCAUGGGUCGAUAUCAGAGGAAAUUCGGCCAGCCGGAUCUCACUGUACCUGGAGCAUCGGAUAUGACGGCCCAUGUUGCCCUACCCGCUAAGAUUCAGUCAUCUUGGAAUCAAUACCCACAGUCGCAAUACACUAUUUUACACGGUCUUACAGGGUCCUUUAUCUUCCACAAAGACCUCCAGUCGGGCAUUACUGGCAAGGAGCUUGCUGCUAUGACCUUCGUCCCGCCACAAGAAGAGUAUGUGCGAGUCUUCACACACAACACUCCAGAAUCCUAUGGAAUGCCGUUUAUGCCUUCUAUGGGGGUCGGUUAUCAACCUAUGCCUACCGUCCCCACGCAAUUUCAGGACAACAAAGCGCAAAAUUGUGUCUUCAUCACCCGUGCCUCAGCGCAAGUGUUCGCGCUAGGGCUUCUCCACUUGCCUUGGAGUCAGAAAAAUUAUAUUGUGGGCAAGGUAUUAGGCAGCAGUAUUGUGCGCAGUUUUUUACUUCAGGCCGCAUCCGCUUGCAUCAGAUUUCUCCUGCGGUUGAAGAAAAUUCACUCCGUACUGCACCUUGGCCAGGCAGAUACAGCUGAAUUCCUUGCCGCAGCAGACAAGGUACUGCAAAAACAUGAGGAUAUUGAUGGGCUCUGUGAGCUAGACGAAUUCUUGUCUAGGAUACAGCAUCGAACUGCGGAGGUGUCACUGAUGAUCGGAGUCCUCGUCCUCACCAACAUCGAAUAUCGCGAGCUAAUUUACCAAUCCGUCCGCCAUGCCAACAGCAAUAUCUCUAGACUUCCAAAAGCCGACACUGAAUUGAACUUCGACACUGGACAUGUCAAAGUUUCUGGUGCUUUCGGGAUCGAACAUGUCUUUGUGGUCGACCUAGAUUGCUUGUUGGAGGACCUUCCUGGUCAUCAGCGGAGUCAGAGCCGCACCAUCAAAGUUGAUUUCGCCACAACGCUUUUAGCUGGGCUAAAAGCAUACAUGCGUAGCCUGAUGCUUCAGAACUGCAUCGAUGGUUUGUACAUUGAGAAAGCUAUGGAUUUCAGUGGAGACGUAUAUGAUAUGAUAUAA